CUUUCUCCCAACGACGUCGUUCAGCUUCACCGCUUCAGUCACAGGCAGGGUGUGAUUCGGACGACCAGUUCACAUUCACGGCAAUUUUCAACAAGGUUUAUUUGAAAUAUCCGCUUGUUCUAUUCGCCAUGGACGAAGAAUAUGACUAUGUUGUUCUGGGAACUGGCUUGAAGGAAUGCAUUCUCAGUGGACUACUGUCGGUCAACAAGAAGAAAGUCCUUCACAUGGAUCGCAACAAGUACUAUGGUGGACUUAGUGCUUCUCUGACACCUUUGGAAACAUUGUACGAGCAUUUUAGUCGAGCUGACAAACCCAAUGAGAAACUGGGUCGAGGAAGGGACUGGAAUGUGGACUUGAUUCCUAAAUUUUUGAUGGCUGAUGGUGAACUUGUGAAAAUUUUAAUUCUCAGUGGCGUUACUCGUUACCUGGAAUUCAAGCAGAUCGAUGGUAGUUUUGUCUACAAGAGUGGUGGGAAAAUUUACAAAGUACCUGCUAACGAGAAAGAAGCUCUGGCAUCUUCGCUGAUGGGCAUAUUUGAGAAAAGACGAUUUAAAAAUUUCCUUAGUUUUGUCUCCAGUUUUGAUGUGCAUGAUCCUAAAACAUGGCAAGGUGUCGAUCCUGAAAAGACUACAAUGGCCGAGGUUUAUAAGAAGUUUGGAUUGGACAUGAACACAGAGGAUUUCACUGGCCAUGCCCUAGCUUUGUAUAGAGACGACAGUUAUAAAUCUCAGCCCUGUAAAGAAGCACUUUUGAAGAUUAGUCUUUACAGCAACUCUUUGGCACGUUACGGCAAAUCGCCGUAUCUCUAUCCUUUGUACGGCCUCGGAGAACUCCCACAAGGUUUUGCGCGUCUCAGUGCCAUAUACGGUGGUACGUAUAUGCUGGAUAAGCCAAUCGAGGGCUACACUUACGACGAGACUGGAACCAUUAACGGCGUGACGUCUCAAGGAGAGACUGUCAAGACAAAAUGCGUGAUUGCUGAUCCGACUUAUUUUCCUGAUAAGGUCAAGAAAUUUGGACAGGUUGCGCGAUGCAUUUGCAUUCUAAAUCAUCCCAUAAGAGAUACAGCUAAUUCUGCAUCGUGUCAAAUCAUUAUUCCACAAAAUCAAGUUGGUCGCAAAUCAGACAUCUACGUAUGCUGUGUGUCAAGCUCGCAUCACGUGUGCCCGGAUAAGUACUACGUCGCUAUGGUGAGCACGACGGUCGAGACGAACAAUCCCGAAGCUGAACUCAAACCUGGUCUGGAUGUAUUAGCUCCUAUUGAGGAAAAGUUUUUUUCCAUUGAUGAUGUGUUUGAGCCGACUGAUGAUGGGUCUAAGAGUAAGGUAUUUUUGACAACGUCAUAUGAUGCCACGACACAUUUUGAAACGACCUGCGAAGACAUCAAGCACUUGUACAAGCGUUGUACCGGUGAAGAUAUAGAUUUCUCUCAAGUGCAGAAGGAUUUGGAAACCGUUGAACAAUAGAACAUUCUCGUCUUUCAUUUCCAAGAACUUGCUUAUUGACUGGUCCCGCGUAAUUGGAAAAUGACGUCACGUUAAAAUCACGUUGCUCCGAUGCUUUUCAGGAAAUUAAUUUUACGAUGAUAAAGCGUCGUUAGUUGUUUAUAAUUUGAAACUUUACCACCAAAAAAAUUACUUCAAAUUGGUGCAUGUGAUAUGUUUUGGAAUACCUGUUAUCCCAAACAUUGAACGUGGUUUGAAAGGAGCAUAAUUAGUGAUUUUGACGUAAACGGACGGACUUGUCUGAUUAAGAUUCCAGUCAAUUUUGCUUUAGUAUUAUUACAUGAUAUUUUGCUUUGGUCUUCAAUGAUCAAUUUAAUACCAUGAGUGUCAAAUUCUCAAGUAGAAAGUUGAAUUUAGUAGACUGUAGAAACUUUAAAACUAAGAAAUUAUUAGAGCUACUGAAAUCUUGCCCGUAA